GGCGCAGCUGUGGCAGCGCUUCCCGAUGGCCAUGCGCUGGGUGUGGGUCCCAAAGGUUGCAUGAUGGAACUUGAACAUUACCUCAAGAAGUUUUAUGUUUUGGAUUAGCCAAUUGUGUUUGUCCUCUGCUGACCGUUUCUGCGGGCUCAUUUUUUGGUGUCCUUUCGAGGCCGUAUACCCUAAGGGAUUAUACCAUGGACUACAAGGAAAGCUGCCCAAGUGUAAGCAUUCCCAGCUCUGAUGAACACAGAGAGAAAAAGAAGAGGUUCACUGUUUAUAAAGUUCUGGUCUCAGUGGGCAGGAGUGAAUGGUUUGUCUUCAGGAGAUAUGCAGAAUUUGAUAAGCUUUACAAUACUUUAAAGAAACAAUUUCCUGCCAUGGCCCUGAAGAUUCCUGCCAAGCGAAUAUUUGGUGAUAAUUUUGAUCCCGAUUUUAUCAAACAAAGAAGGGCAGGACUGAAUGAAUUCAUUCAGAACUUAGUUAGGCAUCCAGAGCUUUACAACCAUCCAGAUGUCAGAGCAUUCCUUCAAAUGGACAGUCCAAAACAUCAGUCAGAUCCAUCUGAAGAUGAAGAUGAAAGAAGUACUCAGAAGUUACACUCUACCUCACAGAACAUCAACCUGGGACCAUCUGCAAAUCCUCAUGCUAAACCAACAGACUUUGAUUUCUUAAAAGUUAUUGGAAAAGGCAGCUUUGGCAAGGUUCUUCUUGCCAAACGGAAACUGGAUGGAAAAUUUUAUGCUGUCAAAGUGUUACAGAAAAAAAUAGUUCUCAACAGAAGAGAGCAAAAACAUAUAAUGGCUGAACGUAAUGUGCUCUUGAAAAAUGUGAAACAUCCAUUUUUGGUUGGAUUACAUUAUUCUUUCCAAACAACUGAAAAGCUUUAUUUUGUUCUGGAUUUUGUUAAUGGAGGGGAGCUGUUUUUUCACUUACAAAGAGAACGGUCCUUUCCUGAACACAGAGCAAGGUUUUAUGCUGCUGAAAUAGCCAGUGCAUUGGGUUACUUGCACUCCAUCAAAAUAGUAUAUAGAGACUUGAAACCAGAAAAUAUUCUUUUGGAUUCAGUAGGACAUGUUGUCUUAACAGAUUUUGGGCUUUGUAAAGAAGGAAUCGCUAUCUCUGACACCACAACAACAUUUUGUGGGACACCAGAGUACCUUGCACCUGAAGUAAUCAGAAAACAGCCUUAUGACAAUACAGUAGAUUGGUGGUGCCUUGGUGCUGUUCUGUAUGAAAUGCUGUACGGACUGCCUCCUUUUUAUUGCCGAGAUGUUGCUGAAAUGUAUGACAACAUUCUUCACAAGCCCCUAAAUCUGAGGCCAGGUGUGAGCCUCACAGCCUGGUCCAUUCUGGAAGAACUCCUAGAAAAAGACAGGCAAAAUCGACUUGGUGCCAAAGAAGACUUUCUUGAAAUUCAGAAUCAUCCCUUUUUUGAAUCACUCAGUUGGACUGACCUUGUACAAAAGAAGAUUCCACCACCAUUUAAUCCCAAUGUGGCAGGACCAGAUGACAUUCGGAACUUUGAUGCUGCAUUUACAGAAGAAACAGUUCCAUAUUCUGUGUGUGUGUCUUCUGACUAUUCUAUAGUGAAUGCCAGCGUACUGGAGGCCGAUGAUGCAUUUGUUGGUUUCUCUUAUGCACCUCCUUCAGAAGACUUGUUUUCGUGAAUAUUCUGCCAUCCAAAAACCAUUGAGCAAAUAUAAGACUACGUACAGAUGGGACUGAACCUCCUGUUUGUGUGGAUAUCUUCAAAUAUGUAUUACUAGUGCCUCAUUUUUACAUGUAAUAUUAACAACUAUGAAAAAUGUAUUUUCUGCUGUAUGCAAGAGAAUAGGGCAUUUCAAAGAGCUAAGUUUUGAAUUAAAAUUUGUAUUCUUGUUUAUUAAGCUUAUUUUUAAACAAAUUUUAAAAGCUAUUGUUCUUAGCAUUAACCUAUUUUUAAAGAAAACUUUUUUGCUAAUGACUGUUUUUUCCCCUCUCAGUUUACACUAACAUCUACCCAAGAUAGAUUUCCAACAGUCUAUUUCAGUUCAGUUAAUAUAUGCUAAUGCCUUUCUAACUCUACUUUGACCUUUAUCCUCGGAUCAGAGCUAUGCAAUUGGUACGUGGUUGUUUAAGAAGAAACCAUAGUGUCUAUAAUAUAUCACUGCUUACCAUAAUCAGAUCUUGGUGGGAUUAAAAUGUAAAAACAAAGUUAACACACUGGCUGCUAAUUAACAGUUUGAAUAACUGUUCAUUCUGUAGAUCAUAUUACAAAGUAGCAAAAGGAAAUCCUUUGCUUUUGAAAUACCAAUUUAAAUUUGUGAAUUAUUUUUCCUCUGGAGUAAAAGUAAAUGUUUAAUAGUUGGCAUUUUAAAUAUUCCCAAAGAUCCAAAGGGUAAUAAAGUACUGCUGCGGGUUUUUUUUCUAAGGUGGUGCCAAAAUCAAUGUCUCUGUGUCAUAUAUUGAUAUCACAAAUACAUUCUAUUUAUGUUCUUUUUUGGUCUUUUUGAAUGUUUAACAUACUGUUAAAUAGAUCUAAAGCUUGGUAUCUAAUUUUGCAAGUAGCUUUUCAAAACCAUCUCCCUAAUUGCUUGAUAAGUGAAAAAUACUGGGCUUUCUAGAGUAUUUACCUAAUUGGGAAUUAAAAAGUAGAAUAGCAAAUUCUGGAUCAAUAUAAAUGUAUACCAUUUCACUACAGUGUAACAGAAGUUAAAAAUAAUUCAGACAGAUGCCUAGCCAGUCUUAUGAAUAUUAGAAAAUGUACUAGAAAUUUGACCUUGAAAUCAUACUAAAAACCAACUAACUUGUGCACUUGUAAAAGAGACUAGCUACAGAAAAACUAAAAAUAAUAAGAAUGCUUAUCUUGGAAUUCUGAUUUUUAGUUUAGAAAUUUUUCAAGUCAUGUAGGAAACAUUGUGAAAGAGUUUAGUGACCCAGUUUAG